UGGGCAGAGGAAGACCAGGAAAACUGCUAACACACCAUCUCCAGGAACUCCCAGCACCCAGAGUCCAUCUGAAAAUAUGCUGCCACAGACAGCACUUUUGCUGCUAAUGUUCUUGAACUUGGUUCAAGGAGGGUUUUAUGCUGAGCAAUACCAAACACCCACAGGCAUAAAGGGCCCACAUCCUAACACCAAGACGCAGUUCUUCAUCCCUUAUGCCAUAAAGAGUAAAGGUAUUCCAGUAAGAGGACAGCAAGGCAUUCCUGGUCCACCAGGCCCCGCUGGACCUCGAGGGCACCCAGGGCCCUCAGGACCACCAGGAAAACCAGGCUAUGGAAGUCCUGGACUCCAAGGAGAACCAGGGUUGCCAGGACCACCAGGAAUAUCAGCCACAGGGAAGCCAGGUUUGCCAGGACUGCCAGGAAAAGCAGGGGAAAGAGGACCAUCAGGACCAAAAGGGGAUGUUGGACCAGCUGGUUUACCAGGACCACGAGGCCCUCCAGGGCCACCUGGUAGUCCUGGGCCGGCUGGGAUUGCUGUGCCAGGGAAACCUGGACAGCAAGGACUUACAGGUUCCCCAGGACCCAGGGGCUUUCCUGGAGAAAGGGGGGCACCAGGAGCCCCUGGAGCUAAUGGGCAGAAAGGACAAACAGGAUACGGUGCUCCUGGCCGUCCAGGUGAAAGGGGUCCUCCAGGCCCUCAGGGUCCUGUAGGACCACCUGGCCCUCCUGGAGUGGGGAAAAGAGGUGAAAAUGGGUUUCCUGGACAACCAGGCAUUAAAGGUGAUAGAGGUUUCACAGGAGAAAGGGGGCCAGCAGGCUCACCAGGUCCCCGAGGUCCUGCUGGGGAGCGAGGAACAGAAGGAAUUGGGAAGCCAGGAGCUGCUGGAGCUCCAGGCCAGCCAGGUAUUCCAGGAGAAAAAGGCCAUCCAGGGGCUCCAGGUAUGGCUGGGCCUCCAGGGGUUCCUGGCUUUGGGAAACCAGGCUUGCCAGGUGCGAGGGGACAAAGAGGACCUGCUGGCCUUCCCGGGGGCCCAGGUGCCAAAGGGGAACAAGGACCAGCAGGUCAUCCUGGAGAGCCAGGUCUGACAGGACCUCCUGGGGAUAUGGGACCCCAAGGACCCAAAGGGAUCCCAGGGAACCAUGGUAUUCCAGGGGCUAAAGGUGAGACAGGGCCAGUAGGGCCUGCAGGGCCACCUGGAGCUAGAGGAGCAAGGGGCCCCCCUGGGUCUGAUGGAAAACCAGGGUAUCCUGGGGAACCAGGUCUCAAUGGUCCUAAGGGUAACCCAGGAUUACCAGGCCCAAAAGGUGACCCUGGAUUGGGAGGACCUCCUGGUGUCGAAGGUCCCACAGGCCCAGCAGGAGCAAAGGGAGCACCUGGACACGAUGGUGAAACAGGCCCAAGAGGUGCCCCUGGAAUACCAGGUACCAGAGGCCCCAUUGGGCCACCAGGUAUUCCAGGAUUCCCUGGAUCUAAGGGCGACCCUGGAAACCCAGGUCUUCCUGGUCCAGCUGGCAUAGCAGCUAAGGGCCUCAGUGGGCCCACUGGCCCUCCAGGGCCUCCAGGUCCAAGAGGCCAUGAUGGAGAGCCUGGUCUCCCAGGUCCUCCAGGACCCCCUGGUCCACCUGGUCAAGCAGUGAUGCCCAAUGGCUUUAUAAAGGCAGGUCAAAGGCCCAGGCUUUCUGGGAUGCCUCUAGUCAGUGCCAACCAGGGAGUAACAGGAAUGCCUGUGUCAGCUUUUACUGUCAUCCUCUCCAAAGCUUACCCAGCAGUAGGUGCCCCCAUCCCAUUUGACAAGAUUUUAUAUAACAGGCAGCAGCAUUAUGACCCAAGAACUGGAAUCUUUACCUGUAGGAUCCCAGGAAUAUACUAUUUCUCCUACCAUGUGCACGUGAAAGGGACUCACGUUUGGGUAGGCCUGUAUAAGAAUGGUACUCCUGUAAUGUACACCUAUGAUGAGUACAGCAAGGGCUACCUGGAUCAGGCUUCAGGGAGUGCUAUCAUUGAGCUCACAGAAAAUGACCAGGUGUGGCUCCAGCUGCCCAAUGCAGAGUCAAAUGGCCUCUACUCCUCUGAGUAUGUCCACUCCUCCUUCUCAGGAUUCCUGGUGGCUCCCAUGUAAGCAUAUCCCCACCGAGAUGAUUUACAUCCUUUUCUUGGAAAGGCAUUCCCCAAACUCCAUCCCUCUUUGUGAGAUGCAUAUGGAGGUAGGCUACACGUAAUGUGAGCAAUUUUAAUUUUCUAAAGUGCAGAUUGGAACUUCUAGAGCGACAGGUUUCCUCCUGUGAAAGUGAGCAGC